AUGGGCGGAGAACAGGCAAGAAUCUUGAAGCAGUGCCUUCGGGAGUCUGGCGUUUUCAUCGCAAAUUUGAUAAUAUACGUGUCGUUAAAGCUUCUAAACAUGUCGAACACUCUAUGGCGACCCAUGCAGUAUCAUCUCUCUUCCUAACUUAGGUCGGUGGCGCCAGAAUUGCUAUUAAACUUUCCUGGAAGUCACGAAGAUGCCCGAGCCGCAUUUACGAUAUUUAUACCGGGUCUGUAUCUGUGACUGAAUUCCGGAGGCCGUCUCACGCCCUGGAAACCUGAUGCAUGCAGCGCAGCUCGCUCAGGGUCCCUUCUUCAUUGGAAUUGCGCUCGACAUUCUCCUCUAUGGAAUGAUGAUCACCCAGGCGUACUCGUACUUUUUCACUUACAAAGACGACCGGUUGUGGAUAAAGAUAUUUGUUGCGUUCCUAUUUUCUGCAAACACCGUUAGUUCUACGCUCAGUGUCAUGCACACUUAUCGAUCUUUCGUAAACCCUUUCGGGUUCUUGUCAUGGUUGGUCCAGGAAAAUUGGGUCUCUACCACUGGUCCCUCUGUGACUAGUAUCAUUGGUGGAUCAGUCCAGCUUUUUUUCACCUGGCGGGUGUACGUUCUGUCGAGGAACGUGUUCUCUGCAUCUGCUAUCGUCUUUUGCAGCUCAGCGGGCAUGCUGGUGGCUCUGGGCACAACCAUUGCUGUCGCGAUAACCCCGGAUUUUUUCGGGUCCCCUGGGUUUCGGGGUUGCUGUUAUUGUACGGCUGGCGAGUGCUGUUUGCGCAGACCUUAUCAUCGCUACGGCUCUCAUGUGGCAAUUACCGUCUUUCGACAGUGGAAUAGAAAGAAUGGUUUUCCUGUGACGAGUGAUGUUGACCGAGUCAUCAGAAUGACAAUUCAAACGGGCUUUAUCACCACACUGUUUGCGGUAACCGACCUUGUAACCUUUCUGACUGUCGAUACCGGAAUCUAUUUGAUAUUCGAUCUUCCACUGGCCAAGUUGCACACCAACUCACUGUUGUCGAACUUGAAUUCCAGAGGCGGGUGGAAAUACGAUGAGGCAUCUGAGGAAAGCAACUGUAACCAGGGAAAUCUUCAGCGAGAAAUCCAAUCGAACGUGCUCCCACAGGUAUUCGUGCAUGUAGAACAGCACAAACUGGUGGAGACGAACGACACGCUCCACGACAUUUUUGGCAAACCGAAUCCGCAGAGCGAUGUGUGGAGCGACUAGUUGAAAAGUGGUACUAUUGGUGUUUGAAGCACAGUGCGCACAGGAACUAUACAUUUGUGUACAGAAAAAAAAUCGAUGGACGCUGGGUGUUCUGGAGGUGCAGCACGUCCUUCGUG